GCUGGUCUUGUCCACCGUGCUGUCGUAUUCCCCAGUCACGUUGGCAUUCAGGAAGGAAUACCCGACCGUAAUGCCCAGCGAGGCGCUCAGGUGCUCAUGUGAAGACUCCGAACGAGUGGAGAAUCCUUCACGGUAAACGCCGACGCCCCCACUGGGGUCUGGAACCAUGGUGGCCGUGACGAUGGACUGGGCGCUGAAGGGCGACACCGUCGGUAUCCAUGGCCCGUCUGGAUAGUCUCUCAUCUUGGUCGAGUCGAACCCGGUCAACAAUGACUUUUCUUCGCGACUCCAGGGCAGUGCCACCGCAACCCCCGCUUCAGUCUGGGCUUGCAGGCUUGGGAGUGUGGGGUCGUUGAUCAUGACGGUUCAAGUCAGGGGGAGCAAGAUAAUGAGUUUCUGACUAGGGCGAAUCGUCGCGAAAUCGCUCGUCUUUUUGUACGCAUCUAGUGAGCUGUGGGCAUCGGCUGCAGUCACCUCGUGGAGAGAUGCCGUGAGCACAGUCUUCAGCUAGCCUGGCUUGCUCGCAACUCAUAAGACACCGUGAGGACCCAGAGUCGGUCGCUUCUGGACAGAACCCAUUACCCAGCAGAUAUUGCCCUCGCAGGUGAUAUUCUCUAUCAGACACCAUGGCGCAGCUGUUGGCUCCAUACAACAAUUCCAUGCGCCUGGGCCAAGGCUUCAACUCCUAUACUCAGCAAACCUGUCUUGAUCAAGCCGUGCUUCCAGAUCCUACCCUAGAGCAAUCCGACGCACUGAGGAGGAAAGCUGCUGCGGAGAUUCAAGCCAGCCCGAUCAGCAGUAGUACUCCUACAAGCUCUGCCAGCAGUACUCCUACCAGCUCUGGGGCCGGCACUGACAGCGCUGCACCGGAAAGCAAGCAGAUUGAAGAUGCCCCAGCCGUCAGUACACCCGGAACCGAUGUUGAUAUCAUUGGGAAGGCACGAAGGGAGGCAUUGAGCGGGCCCAAGCAGGACCCCAAGUCGGGGACGGGGAUGACCGUGCCUCCUUGGGUCAAGCCUCAAAUCGUGACAUACUCUUCACGUUUUGUGGACAAGCUGAGUGAUGUGACCGAUGCCAUGAACAUCUCCGGUUCCCUCUCAAUCAAGACCGCUACAAUCGGUGGCAAGGCCAACGGUUCCUACGUGGACAGUGACAAGUUCAAGUCCAGUGACAUCAACUUCCACCUGCAGGUCAAAGUGACCAACCAGGUCGUUGAACCGGGCAAUUACUGCAUUUUCAAUAAAAUCCCUCACAUCCCGACUGAAAAGUUCAACGAGGUUUACGGAGACUCUUUUAUCUCCGGUUGGGAAUCGGGUGGUGAGCUGAAUGCCAUCAUUUCAAUGAAGAUUGCCGACAAGUCCAAAGUCUUCGAAAUCAAGGCCUCUCUUGAAGCAGAGCUUACCACGCCUGGUAUCUCUGGUGCCGUCAAAGGAUCGUUCGAACAGACCAAGAAUAAAAUCAGCUCGGACACGGAGACAACCAUUGCCGUCAACUGGUCUGGAGGUGGCCGUAUCAAGGACCCCACCGAGGAUUGGAGCAUUGCCAGCUUGAAGAAAGCCGCCGCGGCGUUCCCUGAUUUGGUUGCCAUCACACCUCAGCGAACCUACGCGAUUUUGACCAAAUACACUGCCCUUGAGAGUUUCCAUCUGCAGGUCCACGGCUUCUCGCCUCUUGACUAUGAGAAUGCGGGCGUCUACACGGGUUCCUUGCUUGAUAACUAUAUGGACUACAAGGCGCUCUGGAAGCAGAUUUCCUUUGCAUCUUACGAGCUGGAGAACAACCGCGCCACCAUUGAUAUGGCUCAGCCGUCUCAGGAUGUCUAUGAACUGGCCAAGGUCAAGACCCCAAUGCUUUCUUCGAAAAGAAAGGCGCAGAAACUUCUUAAAGGCAGCACGAACGCGUCUCUUGCACUCGCAACCCAAGAGACGGAUGCUUCUGCAUCUCCUAAUGAUCCAAAAGAAUCGGAAGCUGAAAAGUCAAUCCCGGUUUUCCCAGCAUCAUUUGCUGGUCUGAUUCAAGCUCGCAAGGUGUGCCGCAUGGAAAUGGCCAAGAUCGUCAAUGAAGUUGAUGCCGUGGCUGAGGAUCCCUCGGUUGCAAGUGACGCAACCCGCGAUGAAUACUUCCUGAACCCAUUGGUCUUCAAGCAGCUCAUUCCGGUUGUUCGUUCUCAAUCUGCGGAGAAUGCUAUUUACGGCGUUAGAGACCCCAGCGCGACGAUCAUCCUGGGUUACAGCCCCCCUGCUCAUGACACCAGCACCGCCCUUCCCGUCUAUAAGUUGAAUGCCUCCAUUGACAAGCAGGAUCACCGCUUGCAAGCUUCCAUCAGGAAGUGCGCGGCUAAAGCAGAGGAUUAUCGCAUGCACGGCACUGCUGGAGCGGUUGAGCAAGUUCACGAAAAUGCCGACAUGUUCAAUGCACUGGAAAGACUGGACCCGACCUUCCGCCCCACGGCAAUUGCCGUUUGGGCACCAGACAAUGUUGUGCAGGGUAUCCAGAUGACUUAUAGCAGAGAUAAGAUCAGCUUCGGAGAAUGCAACGAGAAGGUAGCACCCAGCCAUAAGCUCGACCUCAAACACGAUGGCUCGGAGGUGGUUGUCGAAAUUGAAAUCAAGACUGGCGUCGACGAAUCUGGUGACAAGUACAUUGCCGCAAUUAGCCUUGGGACAAGUACCUGUAACACUCUGAACACCUUUACCGGAAAUGAAGCGGAUGCGGCAAGCCUCCAGACAAUCCGCUAUGUCCGUCAUGACGACCAGCUAUGGAGCUUGCGCGGCUUCUUUGGUUUCGCUCACAAGAAGCGUUUGAUCAGUCUGGGCAUUGUAUGGGGUAAAGACAGCUUCGUCCCCGUUCCAAACUCGCCUCUUUCACCACCACUAUGCAGGAACCUGCUCGGAAUGAGCCAAGCUAUGCAGAAGGAUCUACUGGGCCACAUGGUCAGUCUGAAGAACAAGAGCAAAUACAUGUUGGGCCACUUUGUGCACACUGGCAUCCGCUCUGAGAAAAGUCAAAUCUUCAACGCUCUCAGCGACAUAGAUAGCACUUACACAAUCGCAAAGCUUGGCUUCGCCACUGCCACCACUGAGCAAGGAAAGAGCGGGCUCAGUGGGCUGAAGGUGUUCUACACCAACGGCAAGAGCCUGAUCUACGGCGCUUAUCCCAAGAAAGACGAGGAGGCUUCUUGGGUCUGUGACGUGGAUUCACAAAUCGUGACGGCGAAGCUUGUCGCCGCAAAAACUACCGGUGACAAACAAGAGAAAUCCCAAACAUCGUUCAUCGACUCUGUUGAACUCAUCCUUGCUGCAAAUAACCUCGGCCAGCUCCCUGGAUGGCCGCUCGAUGUGGCAACUGUGCGCUUCUUGAGCAACGAGGAGGACAAGACCUCGAGUGAUUACUCUACACUGGUAGAGUCUGCACCAAAGCCCGGUAGAGCUAUUUGGUCCAUGAAGGGCUUCUACGGCGAGCACACUGAUGGGUUGAUUACUCAGCUGGGUAUUGUCUGGGGCUGUUCUUAA